UGGAAGCUGUGCUGGAUGCCCUGGAGGAACAAGGAGGCCUCCAGUCCCUCUUCUGCUAACCCCACCUUGGAGGCGCUUCAGAGCCCUAGCUCCAGAGGCAACAUGGCGGACAAGCUGAAGGACCCCAGCGCCCUGGGCUUCCUGGAGGCGGCUGUGAAGAUCAGCCACACGUCCCCAGAUAUCCCGGCUGAGGUGCAGAUGUCGGUCAAGGAGCACAUCAUGCGUCACACACGGCUGCAGCGACAAACCACAGAGCCAGCGUCCUCCACCAGGCACACGUCCUUCAAGCGCCACCUGCCACGGCAGAUGCACGUGUCCAGCGUCGACUACGGCAACGAGCUGCCACCGGCCGCAGAGCAGCCCACCAGCAUCGGCCGCAUCAAGCCAGAGCUCUACAAGCAGAAGUCAGUGGACGGGGACGACGCCAAGUCUGAGGCCACCAAGAGCUGCGGGAAGAUCAACUUCAGCCUACGCUACGACUACGAGAGUGAGACCCUGAUCGUACGCAUCCUGAAGGCCUUCGACCUCCCUGCCAAGGACUUUUGCGGAAGCUCCGACCCUUAUGUCAAGAUCUACCUCCUGCCCGACCGCAAGUGCAAGCUGCAGACCCGGGUGCACCGCAAGACCCUGAACCCCACCUUUGACGAGAACUUCCACUUCCCUGUGCCCUACGAGGAGCUGGCUGACCGCAAGCUGCAUCUCAGUGUCUUUGACUUCGACCGCUUCUCCCGCCAUGACAUGAUUGGCGAGGUCAUCCUGGACAACCUCUUUGAGGCCUCUGACCUGUCCCGGGAAACCUCCAUCUGGAAGGACAUCCAGUAUGCCACGAGUGAGAGCGUGGACUUGGGAGAGAUCAUGUUCUCCCUCUGCUACCUGCCCACAGCAGGCAGGCUCACCCUCACGGUGAUCAAGUGUCGGAACCUUAAGGCGAUGGACAUCACAGGCUAUUCAGAUCCGUACGUCAAAGUGUCCCUGCUUUGUGAUGGGCGGAGGCUGAAGAAAAAGAAAACCACCAUCAAGAAGAACACCCUCAAUCCCAUCUACAACGAGGCCAUCAUCUUUGACAUUCCUCCAGAAAACAUGGACCAAGUCAGCCUGCUCAUCUCUGUGAUGGAUUACGAUCGGGUGGGCCACAAUGAGAUCAUAGGAGUCUGUCGUGUGGGGAUCAGCGCCGAAGGCCUGGGGAGGGACCACUGGAACGAGAUGCUGGCGUACCCUCGGAAGCCCAUCGCACACUGGCACUCCCUGGUGGAGGUAAAGAAAUCCUUCAAAGAGUGGCAGGGCCGAGCCGCCAGCUUCGACAGCGAGAGCUCGUGCCCAUCUCCGAAACCACCUCCGACCCCAUGAGCGGCACAGCCGAGCAACGCAACCCGGACUCAGCGACGUUCUCUUUGCACUUGUUCAACCGUCCAAACGCAGUGUUGUGCAGUGGCAGCGACAGCCGUCUGUCCCUCCAGAGUCUUACCUGCUCCUGUGUAGGUCAAGGCCGAGACACUUGUCGUGUGGUCAGAUCUGUCUUAGUCUUUUCUGUCUCUCAAGGUGAUGUUUCUGUGGUUUUUCACUUUUUAUGGGUCUGCUGUCAAGAAAAGAAAAAAAAGAGUAGGAAAACCAACCAAGGGUGGAGAGCCCAGAAGUUGGUUCUAGAAAAUACAAUGUAAAAUGGCCGUCUUUUCCGGAGAGGUGGAUUGAGUUUCUGAAAUUUUGUGUCCCUGAAAGCUCCACGACCCUAGAGAAGGAAGAAGCAGGGUGGAACUCUAGCCAUCGCUAUAGCAGGCACGGGACAAAUCGAUCAAAGAGCCUUUAUGAGGUUAAAGGUUACUCCUUGAAGCUCUUCACUGGUGAGACAGAAGCCAAGCGGAGACUCUUGGUCCCGUGUUGAAAUCUCAAGCCUUGAGCCGUUUCUGAACCCUCUGCUGGUGUGCAGGGUUCCUCAUGUCCCUUCCUCGUUCGCUUUUCCUCAUGAAUUGAAGACAUCUUGAUUCCUCAUGGGAAACUCAGUCACUUCCUUUAAGAAUGAUUCUGCUGAAACUAAACACGCCAUAUGUUUUUUGAUGCGCCCCAGUUAAUGAUCACAUUUGUUUGAAAACAGGAUCUUUGUUCUUAGAAAUAACCUUCAUUGUAAAGAAAGAGAGGCACAUAUGUUCCAGAACGAUUUCUGAGUUAUACAUAGCUUUAUAAUUCCGUGAAGUAUCAAGCAGCUGUUUAAAAUGCCUAAACGGAUCAAAGAAAAAACCUAGACAGAAUGUUCUCUUCUAAAUGGGGAGUUUUGAAAUCCAAGGAACAGUUGGAGGACAUCUUUCUAUGAAGGGUAUCUUUUGCAUUGAAACCAAGUCAGCUUAAGCCUGUUUCAGCCCCCAUUGGCUCUGGGACAAUAUUUAUCUUAAACUUUAGUUCUAUAAAUUAUUAAGUACUUCAGUGUUGUUUGUUUCCGUGGUCGUGAGGGGUUUUUGUUUCCUUUGAAUCUCUCCCUUAGGCUGAAUUCAGUUUAGGAAAAAAAAUGUUUGAGGUAUUCUGUAUCAUAGUAGCACAUUUCUGUUGAGUUCGCAGUGGCCUUUCCACCCGCCCCUAAAACCGAUUGAUUUGCUCCAUCUCGGUCUGUAUAUCCUUGGUCAGCACAUCGAAGUGAGUUUCUUCUUUAACUUGUAACUACACAACGCCGAUUUUCAGAGCUGUGUGUACCACCUGCAGGAAGUAAGGUGGCCGGAGACCCCUUGUUUCAACAGAGGGAGGUGAAGAAAGUUCACACUAUUCACACACCUUGUGUCUUAUUCUUUGCCUAUAGCACAUUCUUUGCCUAUAGCACAUCCUGGAAGAGCAGUGACCGAUAAAGUUAUCCUUAUUUGAAGCCAAGUUAUCAAGUUUCUCUGCGAGUAAUUCUGGGUAAUGUCUUCAAGCUUAAAAAUGGACCACAGUGGGCAUGACAUUGCAAGAUAUUACUGCGAGUAACAAGAUUGGCCAAAGGAAUUUUCCACCCAGUAAAUGUAGAUAAACCUAUAAACUCCACCCGGUACUGAGCCUUAGGCUAGGGACUGAUGUGUCUAGAUAACUUGUCUCCCCAAAUGUGCUGUGGUUGACAGGCCUUCCUAGCCAGACAGUCCUGCGUUUGGACAUUCUCUUGAGAGUGAGAAAAAACCCAAGGUCAUGACAAGACUCCCAGCAGAUGACAAGAUUCGUUCUGAUUCUGACUCUAGACUGACCCCAUCAAGACGGCCAUCUCAAUCUAUGAGCAGAUGCUGUGGUCCUUGCAACUGAAGGGGACAGUUGAGUUUCCUGGGUCCUAAGAGGCCCGAAAUUAGUGACCUCAAAAUGCACGUCCUGCUGUCAUCUUUAAAUACUUAGGCGGGUAAGGAGCACCCAUUCUAGCCUUUAGAAGGGCCUGUGACCGUGCUUGUCUGAGAUUCCUGUGAUAUCCAAGCAGCUAUCUCACAUGAGUGAACAACCCAGUGGUUUUAGAAAACCAUUUCCUGAACCGGUUACGCCCAGCCCACACACCACCCUGACCAACCACUACCCUUCCGCUGCAGGCGAACCCCAGAAUUGG